AUGUCCUCCUCAAAUUAUGGUCCAGGCCUCCAAUCAUGCCUAGAGCCUGUCUGCCUCGUCGAACCACGUGUUUUGAGGCUCAAAUUGGCUCCAUCCAAAUCCAAUGAUUCUCGCUCUUCAACAAUUGGCCAGCCUUCUGUCACUGACUCAGACUGUGACUUGGAAAGCAACAAAAAUGCUGACACGGGUUGCUGGAGUUUCCUCCAGGCCAUAGCUAACAAUACCUCUCAAACCACCACCAAAGAGAACGAUAAAGUCUAUUUCCCUCCGAAUUAUAAUCGCUCUCCUUCUAUACUCAACGAAAAGAGCUUAGAAAUGUGCACUGAGAGCUUGGGGUGCGAAACUGGCAGUGAGGUGAGUGAAAGCAGCGACGAGAUGGCUUUCCUUUCAUUAGAAAAUAUGAAUUAUGAGACUAGCAGGGAAGCAGCAAAAUUGCGCGAAACAAGAAGAACGAGUAGAAAUGUUACCUUCCCACCUCCUUUGAGCUCGAUUAGUGGCUCCUCCAAUGUCCGAGUGAUGCCUCACCGAGAAGGUGGAAGGCUAGUAUUGGAAGCAGUAACGAUCUCUUCUUGCCAUGCUUAUUUACAUGCAGAGAGAACCAAGGGUCGUCUUCGGCUACAUUUGAUGAAUCACUGCUCUCCUAAUAACUUUGACAACGAAGGGCAAGAAGCAGAAGCAGAAGCAGAAUACGGCGAGGAAGCUGUUGUAGUUGAAGAAGACAGCGAUGAUGAUGAUCAAAGUGCAGAUCAUGAAGCUGAAAGUGAUGAUGAUGAUAUUUGGGGAGAGGAGUUGGAGGGAAGUAGCGGAAAUGUUGGGGGUGAAAUUGGGAUAGGGAAAUUGGCUAGACCAGGAGGGUGCAAGGAAGAUGGAAAUAGCAGCAAAGGCUUGUAUAAUUGGGAACGAUUUUGGGUGGCUACUUAA